CCACGUGGGUCCCGCCGCCUACUUCCGACGCGUAGCCGCAGCGCUAGCCUCAAUUACCGGACCAAACUCCGGUGCCCGAUCUUCCGAUACCCGCCGUCCAUGGCAGCUUUAUGCCCUCCAUGGACGGUCGAUCGUUUAGUUUGCAAGCGCUGUACAUCGCUUGAGGAGUACGAUUAUUAUUGCUGUGUUCGCGGUCACCGUCACCACCGGCGGUGUCCUCUCCUCGCCUCCUCCCUCCUCUCUUGUCCCUCUCCUAUCUCAAAUCCCCGUGCCCCAAACUUCCCUUUUUGUGUGCCCUAAACUAGCGGGUAUGGCCACUUUCCAACUCGCGAGAUCCGGCUUCUCGCCGGCGCUCCGCCUCUCGCCGCCCGCCCUGCGGCGGCCCUCGGGUCUGCUUGGCCCCGUCCGCAUCCGCUGCCGCCUCCCGGAGGACAAAGGCGGCGAACCCGACGGUUCAGGGUGGGAGGAGCCGCCGGAGUCGCUGUUCAUGAAGGAGCUGAGGCGGCGGGGGAUGACCCCGACGUCCCUAUUGGAGGACAGCGAAAGGGGGGCGCUUGGACGGGGCCAGAGGGAGAUGGAAGCCAAGGAAGAUAGCGGCAACGGCGGCGGUGGCCGCAGGGAGCGGGGGAGCAGGAACGGGGUGGCCUCGGUGGAGCUCGAGAAGGGGAUGACGAGGCCGAGGGAGCGGUUCAUGUCGGUGAACAGCGAGGGAUUGGAGCUUUCACUUUGAUCACUCUUUUGGAUUCAGUGAGGAUCAAUCACAGAUUACCGAGGGUGCAGUGUCGGAAUCCCGAGGGACAUGUAGAGAAGAAGCCUAUAAAUAAGCUUUAUCCUUAAAUUGAGCAAAAUCCUUGGCCGAGUUGGUCUGAUACAGAUUUAGCAAGAUGUGCAAUCAUGGAUUCAUCACUUGUAUUUGAAGAAAAAAGACUAUUGCACAUUAAAGAGUGUUCUUGCAAGUCCAUCUGAUGCCAUGAUCACUAAAAUCAUUGAACAAGAAAGAUUACUAUGUUCUUGA